AAACUACAUAGAGGAAAAAUAUAAACAAAACAGAAAAAAUAAUAUGAAUUAUAUAUAGUUAGUUUGAUAACGAUUUGCGCUGUUUCAAAAUUUUAAUGAAGAUGGCUCAAUCAACGAAAAAAUUCGCAUAUGCGUCUGCGAACCAAAAACCUGUCGCCUCGACAGGUUCUUGCGGAAAACAGCCAAAGUCCUCUAUAAAAUCCAUAAUAUUGGAACAAAAUGGUGAGAAACGGAUACUUAAAAAAGUGAAACUCAAAGGGCCUCUAAAAGUCCCGCCGAAAAUUAAACCUACGCAGGAACUGAAUAAAAUCCACAAACCCGAAGUAGCUAAAGAUCAACUGUUUACAUGCAUAUUCUGUAGUGGGAAGUUCAAAAGUAAAAAGGAACUGGAGACACACAUUUUAAAACAUGGGACAGAAUCUCAGCAAAGCAAAAAGAUAGAAGAAACAACAAAUUUAAAACAGGAAAGUGCCAUAAUGCUUAUUGAGUGUGAAUGGUGUCCCGAAACGUUCAUUUCAAUGUCACGAGCGAUUGAACACAAAUAUCGGAAGCAUAGUCACGAGAGUAAAAAUUAUUUCUGCACUUUAUGCGGCAAAUUGUUCCCACUUAAGGUAGCUCUUGAUCAACACCAGAGUCUGGAGCAUAAAAACGUUAAGAAAGCGAAGGUGUCCAGUUUGGACUUCACUUGUGAAUUUUGUAGCAUUGCGUUCCUUUCACGGGAUGCUCUCGAGCUACACGUCAAAACCGCCCACAACCUGGAGAAUCGUAUGAUGGCACACCCUUUCUUCCCUCCGCCAUCGAAAAAGGUCCGCCUCAACCGAGCCGGGGAAAUCAUUUCCAUUUACUACUGUCAUCUCUGCGGAUGUGAGUAUAUGCUCAAGUUCAACUUGCUUAAGCAUAUCGAUAUGCAUCACUCGUACGAGGAGCGCUGUGCGAUCCCGGAAGAUCUGCUCAAAUGUAGCACUUGCGAUUCGGUGUUCUACACGAAACGAGCAUUCGAUGUGCACAAUGUUCACCACAAACCCGAAGAUCUUUACGUUACGAGCGAAGAGCAUCGGCUGAACAUUGUGGCGAGAGUGGACCAGGAUUUCGACUUUCGACGGGUGCCGACGGCUAUGGACAAUGCGAUGAAGACGAUUGAAGGUGUCGGAUCGGAAUCCGCGACGGUUUUAGCCAAGAAGCACCGCGCGAAGGGAACCAAGGGUAAAGCAGCAGCAUCCGCCAGUACCACAACGCGAACAUCCAGUGGCGGUGACCUCGGUACAAACACACCAGCAGGAUCUAUCAGCUUGAAUGAUUUGAGUGCUACGGCUUGUGUGAGCUCAGUUGGCAUCGAAGCGUUACAGUUUUUGCUUGGUGAUUAAUUGGCAUGUUCGGAAUAAGAAUGAAAUUACUAUAGUCAGUUUAUGUGGCGAUGUAGAAGUCGUUUCUGGCUUGUUUAAUAUAAUUAAAUCGAAUGGUUGUUUAUGAAUUUCUAAAUAUCCAAAAA